AGGACCAUUGAAACUCAAGAUAAAAAGCAUCCUUCAAAGGCUAGUAAUUUGACCUCAGAGAAGAGUCAUACUUCUUCGACUUCUGCCUCAGAAACAAGGAAGUCGUUUUUUCGAUUUCUUUGUGCUUACCAUGGAGCCGUUGUUACUUGAUCUUAGUAGGAAUCUCCAGUCUGACCUUCAAUCUGGAACCUCCUUACUGAAUUUUUACCACACUCUCAAAUCUGUAAAUAAGAUUUUGUCUAGCAUGGUGUGUGAAAGCACCUAUCUUAGAACAGAGGAUAGUACUGGAGGGGCUUGUCUGAAUUUCUUCAAGAUAAGCUAUGGUCUAUUGAUGUCGUGUUAUGCUGAAUUUAAUCAAUUCUUUCUGUCAACAUGGAGCUUAGAUAGUUUUGUGGAAGUUGAAACAUUGAACUCAUUGGCCAAAGAGUUCAUUCUUGUAGUUGGAAACUUCAUUGAUAUUGAGUAUGGAGUCAUUGGUGAUGACUUGGUUAGCAUAUGGCUUAUGAUUCUCACCUGUUUAGCAUCAGAACAUUCUUCAGAAAAUGUGUCACAACCCUGCAAGUUGUUUCCAGUGACUGUUGACCUUGGAUGCCGACUAAUUAAUCUCUAUAGCGAGCUUCGCCAGGUGGAUUGUGCUGUUUUUGCACUGUGUAAAGGACUGAGGCAUAUAUCAUUUCAUCAAGGAGAUGUUGACAUCUCCUCCCUUCAUUAUGAUAAAUUUGCCAAAUCAGGUUGUUUGCUAUUGUUUUCUCAAAAGUUUAGGCUGGCUAUUUGCAAUGUGAUUAAAUCUAUACCUGAAGGUCAGGCUGUUGAUUUUGUUCAAACUUUGUCUGCUGACAUAUUGGAUUGUUUGGAGUGGAUGAAGGUUGGCAAUUCUGUGGUAGAUGAAUAUGAAGUUGGAGAUGUUCAUUCUUGUAGAAUCAGCGCUCAAGCAGAAAUUUUGGGUGUGGUCUUGUCUGAAAUUUAUACUCUAGUCCUGGAUUCACUCUCAGUUUCUGCCGGUUACAGUUACCGUAUGGGGGAGUCUAUAGAGGAGCUGAUAGUGGUUUUACGUCCCAGCAUGAGGCAUUUGACUACCCUGGAGCAAGAUGGUUCUGAUGAGUUUGUUUUCUCAGUGCUGGGAAUAACUCAAAGUAAGAAUGUGGAAUGCAAAAAUGAUUUAUUAAAUAAAGUUCCCUUGUAUCUCCAAUUCUUCUUUCGUGUGUAUGUAUCCUGUCGUAGCUUAUAUCGCCAAACACUGAGCCUCAUGCCUCCUGAUUCAUCAAAAAAGAUGUCAAAAGUUAUGUCUGACUUUUAUACAGCUUAUUCUGGCAAAAAUUGUAUGGAGAGGACGAAAUUUAAAGAUAAAGGAUAUUUUUCUUGGGUCAAAUCUUCAGUUUCUCUUCUUAGUAUCAUGCAACACAUAAGGAAUAAUAUUUUCCAAGAAGGUUCCACAGAUUACUGUUGUUUGAUUUAUGUAAUGCAUAUGAUGGCUUUACAAAGACUUGUUGAUCUAAGUAGGCAAAUUCAUUGUGUGGAGUAUCGUUUGUGGUGUAUUGAGAAUGGAAGAAAUGGCAAAUUGGCGGAUGAUGCAAAUAUAUCACUUCUAUGUAAAGAUGAAGGAAAACAAGAGAAGUUGGAGAAUUUUUUGUCGGCUUUAAAGCAAGAAACAGCUGGUCUAACGAAUUUCAUCAUGAAAUAUCUUUCCACAGUGGACGAGAAACAACAGCCUACCUUCAUUCCUAGUGGAACAGCUAGUCCAGCCCCACAGUAUGUGCUCUUUGACUCUUGGGAUUUGGGUGUCUGUACAGUGAAUGAAAAGACAUUACCUACUGCAAUCUGGUGGAUUAUUUGCUACAAUAUUGAUAUAUGGUGCCACUAUGCUACUAAGAAGAAGUUGAAGUUGUUCCUUUCACUUUUAAUACUGAAUUCACUUCCAUAUAGAAGAUUUGGGGAGUUUGAGAAGCAGUAUGAAAAUUAUGCUGGCGAGGCAAUGAAAGUUACCAAGCAUCAAAUUUCACAGGAACUUCUUCGUGAUACCAGUUUCUAUGAUCAAAGAUUUGUGCGCAGGUAUAUGCCAUCGAGGGUUUGCCAUGUUUUAAAGAAGUGUAUAUCUCGGUUAUUUAAUGAUUCUACAAACACUGGUGCUGAACUUGGUUCCUCUGAUUGGACCAAUGCUCUGGGCGUGCUUCAGAACUCUGCCCUAUUUGCAAGGGACCAACUGAUUACUUCUUGUCGUGGUCAUGGUGAUUUAGUCAAUAAACAAAGUGAGGAAGGAACAUCAUUUACUCCAACCAAUGACCCUCUUGCUGGUUGUCAAAGCGUGCUGAAUCUCUUGUGCAAGAUGUGUGAGAUUACAUUAAGCUUCAAAUCUUUCUCACACUCUGUGAUUUACUUAAUCAACUUUGAAAGGCUCAUAAUUGGCUGCUUACUAGGUACUCACAGAUCACCGUAUGUUCAUGACCAUCACGAGUUCCUUCGACUACUGGUUUCAUGUCGCCGAGCUUUAAAAUAUGUAUUAAUGGCAUUCUGUGCUGAUAAAUCAGAAAUUUGUAAUCCCACAAGGAUUCCAAUACUGUCAGAGGUUCCAUCAUCUAUUCAUUGGCUGUUGGAAUCUGUGAAGAUUGUCAGUACAUGGUGGAAUACAUUGUCAUCACAGAACAGUAGUAACUGUAGUGAUUUGACUGUUUCACUGAGGGAUCAGACUUCAUACGUGUUUGUCACUCUGUGCAAGCACCAAUUUUGUACAGCAAUUCACUCAAUUGCCAGUCCCACAAGCACUGGAAAGUCUGGUUCUAACUGUGAUGACUAUCUUUCAAAUGAAUUUAAUUUUUCUGAGAAACUAUCGAAUGAUGUCGAAGUUUGCAAAGGUGUGAUUAUGAUGGUUGAGGCAUUGGAGGAAGAGACAAAAAAAUCCCUUCUUUCUCUGAAAGAGGCCUUCUGUGAUGGAGGUAUGGAGGUAGAUGGUCGACCUGUAGAUUUGAGUAAAUUGUCCUCUGCUAUAUCUUGCAUUCAAGGAUUGCUAUGGGGAUUGGAGUGUGCUUUGAAUGAUACACUUGCAAGUGUUGAUGAUUUGAAAGUAAAAGUGAUGAAGAGUAAAGAUAACAUCAUGACUAGAGUAGUCAGUUUUAUGAAUCUUGUUAUGGAGCUCAUAGCUAAAUCCUCUCAGAUUUUUCUUCACAACAAUCACCCAAUCAAAAUGUCUGAUUGCCAGGGGCAGCUUAAGAAUGGAAUUGAUACUGAACUUGAGAAUCAAAUUGGAAAUUCAGGUUCUGAGUUGACGACCUUAGCUACAUGUGAUCUUUCAAAUGGUUCUGUUUCUAGUCGAAAGAAGAAAAGGUUGAAGUCAGAUAAUUCUCACUCUGUCAUUAACGUUCUGACAGAAUUUAGCUGGUUCAAUUACAACUGUCUAAAAAUUGAUUUGUUGGGGAGCUUCUUAAAUGGUCAGAAUCUAGAGGCAGCAUUUUUCUUGAGAGGUUUAUUUAUUGUUUCUUCAGCAAUUGUGAGGCUAAGCGUGCUGAUUGAUUUUCCUUCCUUGUCGGCUAACUUGAUUCAAAAUUUUCUUGGAUGCUCUGAAGUAUCGUUGACAAAAUUUUCGGAAAUGCUUGAUUUUCCGAGUUCAUCUUCUUUUGUUUGGUUGGAUGGUUCUGUUAAGUUUCUGGAGGCAAUAGGGAGUUUAUUUGCAUCAACUAGUUCCAUCGCAACUAGAAAUGUCUACACCAAAUUGGUAGAGUUGCACUUAAAAGCUAUCGGCAAAUGCAGUUCUUUACAAGGAAAAGGAGCUAGGUUAGCUUCCCAUAUUGGGUCAAGUGCCAAGAUAUAUACUGAAGGACGAGAUUAUGAAUCAACUGUCAGUGACCCUCUCUACGGCUUAGACAAUCUCAAAGCAAGGUUGAGGAUGUCUUUCAAAUCUCUCAUUGAGAAACCAUCGGAACCACUCCUAUUAUCUGCUUUGCAAGCUCUAGAACGAGCACUAUUCGGUCUACGAGAAGGCUUUCCAGUAAUCUAUGAGGUAAAGAAAGAAGGUACUGCCGGAGGUAGAGUCUCUGCGAUGGUUGCAGGCUCUGUUGAUUGCUUGGACUUGCUUCUCGAAUUCUAUAAAGGGAAAAACCAAUUGAAUGUCAUUAGAUCGCAGAUCAAUAGCCUUUUUUCAUCAUUAUUUAAUAUUAUUGUACACCUACAAGGGCCCUCAGUAUUCCACACAAAACCAAACAGUAUUGCAGUAAAUAAGAAUCCUGACUCAGGGUCCAUGGUUCUCAUGUGUGUUGAGGUAUUAACCAGGAUUUCUGGAAAACGUUCUCAGUUUCACCUAGAUUCCCAUCAUGUGAGACAGUCUUUGCGUAUACCAGCAGCACUUUUCCAAGGCUUUUGCUUCAUUAAAGCAGGCAAAGAUUCUCAUCAAAGUUCCAUUAGAUUGGACGGCAAAGAGUGUGAAGAACUUGAAAGUUACUUUUUGGUUGACAGGCAGUUCUCAGUUAACUUAUAUGCGUCAUCUUGCCGUUUGUUGUGGACAGUUGUUAAACACCGCAAUAGUGAAUGUAUACAGUGUAUUGCUGAACUUCAAAUUUCACUUCAAGCACUCCUCUAUUGUCUGGAGAUUAUUAACUUUGACUCAGAAGACCGAAAGGCUUACUUUACUUGGGUUUUGGAAGAUGGUGUAAAAUGUGCCAGUUAUCUGAGAAGGGUUUAUGAAGAGAUUGGACAGCAGAAGGAUAAUUUAGGUCAACACUGCUUUAUGUUCUUAUCAGAAUACAUAAAGGUUUAUUCAGGCUAUGGUCCACUGAAAAUGGGAAUCAAAAGGGAAGUUGAUGAAGCCCUUAGGCCAGGUAUCUAUGCUUUGCUAGAUGUUUGCUCAGCGGACGACCUUCAGCAUCUUCAUACUAAAUUUGGAGAGGGUACUUGCAGAAGCACCUUGGCAAGUUUGAAGGAUGAUCACAAACGUCAACAGUAUGAAGGAAAAGUGUGACGAAGUAGACAGCAUUCUGCAUUAUCCUUCUCUAAUAUGAUUGCCGUUGUUCACAUGAUACUACGGCUACAGUUUUGAAGCCUUGCGUUAUGCAGACUAGAUGCGCCUGCACACAAAUCUUGUGGCGACAACAGAAAUGCACAGUAUCAGCUCUCUUAUCAAAGUCUUCAUUGAUGCACUGCAGGUCCACAACAACGAACAGAUUCAGCAGAGACGGCCAGCUGUGUUUGUCUCAACGAGAACAAUACCGUGGGAAAAGAGUUUGGGGGGGGGGGAGGGGGUGGUGUUAGGAAAAUAGUUCAAUGAUGUUAUAGUUAGGAACACAAACAUUUUCACAUUGUUACACGUAUUUUAGCAGAUUAUUGAUACCAUAGUUUUCACAUUAAUUACAUAGGUAAUCCAAUUGGAUAAAAUGACACUAAUAGUGACACAAUAGUGGCACAUAUAUUAAUUUAAUGAUCUAUUGAAGUCCAAUCAUUUUAGCCCAAUACAUCAACCCAUAUCCACGGCACUACACACUACACAGGUCGGCAGUGCCCCACUAUUGAAAAUCCAUUUAUGAGUGACAAAAUUAUUCAAACCCUGUUUUUUUUUUCUUGCAAAAAUAUCUCCAUAACUCCAAAAUAGCCAAGAAUAUUACAAAACUACCCUUGUUUUUUUGUUCAUUUUAUCAUCUCUGUAUAGAAUUUGAGGUCUUCUAAUAUACGUCAUGAUGACCCCACCUCAAAAAUAAUCCUAAACACAAACGCGCAACACAAUAAAUUGACAUCUUCGUGGAUAACUUUAUAGACCUUAAUUAAUAAUCCCAAUCCCAAUCUUUUUCUUAGAAAUUCCCCUCUCUAAAAACACCGCUCUUCUUGAAAGGAAAAUAUGGUAAACUACUCAUAUCAUGAAUGUUAUGCAUAUCCGCCAAAAAGAACUCCCUCUAUAUUUGAUGGAUUCACUCUAAGACCUCUUCCUUACCCAGUUCUCCUAAUUCUCUUACUAAUCUCUUUUUUUCUUGGCAUAAAAUUCUACUUUGUUUCUCAAGAAGUUGCUGAGACCGUCGAGUUUGAAUUUAAUUGGUUGCUCUUGAUCACCCCUUUACUCAUCAUAUUCGCCGUUAAAAUCAUAUCUUCUUUCCAAGGCCGUCGAAAGUCCUACGGUGGAUGUACCGCCGGAAGGUGGGCCCCAACGGGCUGUUAUUGCUACAACUGCCGUGGUUAUUGAGUUGGUUCAUGUAAUCCUACAUAUAAUUGUAGUAAGUUUUUAAUCAUAUGUAAUUUGAUAAGUAGCACAAUAUUAUGCUGUAUAGAUGGAUUAUAAUUGUUAAAUGUACUGUUUCAUAGUGUUUUAAAAUGUUUAUUAAUACAAGUUCAAAGGGUGUAAGUGUAACAAAUACUUCGUACUUUGUAUAAUACGUGUAUAAGCUUUUGAGGCUUGUAAGUUUUGGAAUUGAUGUCUAGAUAGUAAAUUUAAACACUACUUGAUCAAAUUUGAUUGUUUAUGUGACUUACUUUUUCAGUGGA